AUGCAAGAUUUGAAGGACAUGACUCUGGAUGUUCAUUAUGAAAACUACCGGGCAAAAUACAUCACUGAGCGCAUGUCGAAACGGCAAACGGACCGCCGAGAACUAGGCGGAGUGCGCACUGAGCGCGAAAAUACUGCAAAUUUCGAAGGGCUGGUGGACCAGGACAAUUUGAUUCGUCAGAAAGAGGACGAGCUUCAACGCAUGCAACAAAUGGUGCAGCGAAUGCAGGAGCAGCUCAAACGUGGUACAGUGACAGCUGCGCAGCCGCCCACUCCGGGGCCCAAUGUUGCCCCGAUUGUUAACGCGAAUGUAAACAACCUGUAA